AUGGUGUUGCAAUUGUCGAAUUUCCGUAGUCUCGGGAAAAAGAUUGUUUGUGUCGGUAGGAAUUAUAAGGAGCAUGCCUUAGAAUUGGGAAAUGCAAUACCGAAAAUACCACUAUUUUUUGCGAAAUCAACAAACAGUUAUGUGUCACAAGGACAAUUUAUCGUCCCGCCGCCUGGUUGUAAGAUAUUACAUCAAGAAGUGGAACUUGGUGUAAUUUUCAACAAGACAGCGAAAAAUAUCCCGUCAUCGCAAGCAUUUAACUAUGUUGGCGGGUACACGGUAGCCUUGGACAUGACGGCUCGGGACUUCCAGGAUGAAGCAAAAAAAACAGGGAUGCCUUGGUUCCUGGCAAAAUCAUUUGAUACCUCAUGUCCGGUAGGAUCCUUCAUUGAUGUCAGUAAAAUCGCCAAUCCACACGACGUUGUGUUAUUUUGUCGUAUAAAUGAUGAAGAGAAGCAGUGCUGUCGGACCGACGCUAUGAUUUUUGACAUACCAACUUUAAUCGAAGUUUUAACAAAAUACGUCACCAUGGAACCAGGUGAUAUGCUCCUCACAGGUACACCAUCAGGCGUAACACCUGUAAAAUCUGGUGACUGCAUUGAAUUUGGUUUGAAAGACAUAGCAUCGUUUAAAUUUUACGUCCAAUAA